AUGGUGCAGAAACUCCUGGCUCUCGCCCAGGAUGAAACCUGUGACGAUGACUCACUUCUGCGUGCCAUUGCGGAGGCCACACCGUACAAGCAAAAGGUGGGUACGGCCACCUUCUGGGUUGAAACUGGUACAUCUCUGGCCUCUUUCAAGUAUGACCAGAUAAUCGCAGCUAUUUUCGAGGCCAAUCAAGACGCUGAUUGGGCCUGUCACCUGGACAACUUCGUCAUGGUCAAUCAGCCCCGUGGGGGUGAUUUGGUGGUUACGGUGGCGGAAGAAGCCACCAAGUUGGCCAUGAUUGGGCAGACUAUGCGUAUCCUGGACACAUCGUAUUCAGUGAUUACCCCCCCUACUGGAGCAGGUGGCGCGAGCAGGGGCCUCGAUAACCGGUUCUACGUGGACAUCACCAACAUCCGGUAUAAUUUCGACUCUGUCGAGCUGAUGAAGGCACUUCGUCGCCUUAAGACGAUGCCUCUGUUUCAGGGAUUCAGAUCGACGAUUGCAGGCACGUCGUGCCACACGAAUGCUUGGCGAAUCUACUUUUGCACUGAUGACAUACCGACGAACCUCAUCAUCAACAACCACCCGGUGGACCAAUUACGGUUCCAGGGAGUGACAUAUGCGGUAUAUGCUAAACUCUACACGCCGUCCCGGCAUGUUCGCCACUGCACGUGCUGCGCAGGAGCAGACCAGUUCAUCCAAACACGCGGACAUGGGGGGGGAAUCCAAUCCCGCCCCUCUCCUGCCGAACCAACCCCUACACCGGAUGGGCAGCUUCCCAAUCCCUUUGAGGACCCCACUCUCAUGGAGGUAGAGGAAUACACUACACCCAAACGAACGACGAAGCGAAAAGAGCGUGAGCCGACGCUCACCCUCGCGGAUUGGGUUACUCCCAAUUUCUUCGACGACCUUCACUCCAUCCCAGACAUUGCGAAGUGGCAUGUCGAUAAAUGGGGUUAUACAAAGCCCAUCACAACCUACCGUGUGGCAGUCCGUGAUGUGGAUUGCUCUACCGUCUCCGACUCGCUGGUCAAGCGCAUGCACGUCAAAAACAAGCGAUUGGAAUGGCAUCCCGACAACAUGACCCUUAAACAGGUCAUCUCUGCUCUCCAGGAGGCAGACCAGCCGGAGGUCAGCCCUGCGUCACAACAGGUGCAGCUCCAGGAGGCCAUUCAGGACAUGACCCCCGAGUCGCUGACGCUUGCACAACGCGUCAAACCCGAGGAACUUUGGUUGGGUCUCCACCGAUCCCCGCUGCAGGGGAACGUUACGUUGUCCACUCUCUACUCUGACCACCCUGCGGGGUUCGACCAAACUCUGUACACAACCUUUCCACAAGGUUUCCGAACCAUCUUCCAUGAUAAACCUUCUUCGGCAUACAUGCAGGCAAUUUGUGGUACCUCGGACUUCACCCCCACCGCCCCCGCUGGUGCAAAUGCAACCACUCUGCUCGAACUCGAAGACGUCUUAUCAGUCUUUGAGCUCUGGCUGGCUGUCCAAAUGAACUGGUUGCAUAAAUCGGAUGCCUGGCUGCUCUACCUCACGAGUAAACCAGUGCACACAGUCGUGGGCCUGCAGGAAACCAAACUGGCCACUAAGUUUCAAACUGCCACCUUUCGAUUUCACCUUGACCAUGCAAUUGGGCGGGACAAUUACUUCCUCGCCAUCAAUGAUCAUGGGCAAUCAGCGGUGGUGGCCGAGGCCCACCGAAGCAGUGGGGUCAUGCUGUUCUUUCACAAAUCGACUCCAGGCUUCGAGCACCUGUAUCAUGAGUCCCACCUGGAUGUCCCAGACAAAUACAUGGUGGUAAGCACUCGCUGGGGUGAUACGCCGGUGUACUUCCACAACGUCUACGCCCCCAUCCCCAAUGGCCUUCGAGAGGAUUACUUCUCAUCUCUUCCUCGCGACUUCUCCCCGCAUGCCAAGCACUUUAUCAUGAGUGACUUCAACCUUCCGAUGGACCGCCUCCUCGACUAUGAAGGCGAGGCCUCGAACCACCACGGUGGUCGCACCGAGUGCACUGAUUGGCUGCAAUCCCUUCGGAUCUCGACCAUCAAACGACUCAGCCCCAAUGGGCCCCAUGGCGGACUCACUCUCCAAUCACCCUGA